AUUAGCUAUUUCGAGAGACGCGACGAGAGUGAGAAGGUCCCGAGGCCAGGGAAAAAAACGAAACGCGACGGGAUCCAGUUCAAAGGGGGGUUUGUUCACGGGGACUCAGCAAUGCCUCCCGACAGAUCGUGCUUCACGGCACUGAAUUUACAGCCGGACUUCACUCUCCCAGAAUGCAUGGACUAUUUUACACUCUCCGCCGCCCCCAACACGGACCUCUGGCGCAAACCGCCUGACCGUGAGACCACGACCGCUCCCAUCCUCUUCACCUCCUUACGACAGCCCUUUGUGAUCGCCGAGGUCACGGUAACGGCCGACUGGGAGAUGGAAUGGGAUCAGGGGGGGCUGGUAAUAUUCGCCGGUCCCGUCCCAAGACCACCACCGCCGCCGUCGUCCCAGCCAUCACAACAACAGCAGCAGCAGCAGCGACGACAGGCAUCCGGAUCCUCCACGCAGCAACAGCAACAACCACCCUCCCAAGCCCCACCGCCUCCCUACCCCAGCCUCCCCACCGGCCCAAACAAAUGGGUCAAAGCCGGCCUCGAAUUCUCCGCCGGCACCGUCAACGCCUCCUCAGUCAGCGCCACGGCCGACGGGGCCGACUGGUGCCUCUCGCCGCUGGCGCCGCCCAACGUCCCCACGUCGAUCACAUCGCUGCGCAUCAAGCUCGAGCGCAUCGGGCACUCGCUGUGGGUGUGGUACCAGAUACCGGGCCUGAUAAGCGCGCAGGCGGAGCGUACGCCGGGGGCGAUAGGGAGUUCGUGGCGGAAGUUGAGGGAGGUGACGUGGUUCUUCUGGGGGGUGGAGGACAAGAGCGUGCAUGUCGGGGUGUAUGCGAGUCGGCCGGCGAAUCUGUCGAUGGAGAGCACGAUGUGGGCGGCGCGGAACGGGGGAAGAUACGUGAGCGGGCUAGACGGGGGUGGAGGGCAUGGGGGGCCGGCGAAUGGGUUGGUGGUGGAGUUUGAGGAUCUGGAAAUAUUUUGAAUGUGCUUGUCCCGUUUUCCUUUUACCUCUGUUUUUUCUUUCUUUUUCUUGGAAUCUUACGCCGUGUGGACUGGGAGUUGGUUGGAGGAAUGCGACGGUGCUUUAGGGGAUUGUCUCUUUCUCCGUUCAUUUCUUCUUCUUCCUUACUUCUUGGUUUCUUUCCUUUUUCCUUUUUCCUUUCUUUUUCCUUUUUCUUUUCUUUUUUUCCCCCUUCGUCUUCAUUUGAUGCCAGGGUGUACACGCAUCUUUGCUGGCUUCGUUUCUGGUUCCUAGAUAUCUAUCUUAUUACAUGUAUCCUAACCCCUUCUGUCAG